AUGUCUGACGACAGCACUCGUCGCCACUGGCAUGGAAUCCCAGGCAACCGUCACGAGCACCUUAAUGUUUGGAUGAACGGCGGCGCAAAGGCUCCCAGCUCCCGUGCUGCUUGGGCUAUGCCUGAGGGAACUCCUUCUGAUAGAAGGGACUCCACCACCUCAACAUCCUCAAACAACAACAACACAAGCGGCUCCCCACCCAUCCCAAGCCUCAGCGAACGACGUCGCUCCAGCGCCAGCUCCUCUGGCGGCCUCUUCUCAAACCUGCAAUCCCAGAAGCGGGAGUCCAACACAAGUGCCGACAUGGCUACCCGUCGUGCGAGCUGGAACGAGCAGUCUGCCAAGGGUGGUGCGUUCGCUAAGUGGUGGGAGGGAUAUACGCGCGGUAACAAGUGA